GGAUCUUCACUUAAAGGAACGUUGUAAGCCUUAUCCUGAGAAGUUAGUUUUCAUAAUUGACGAAGUGUUCGCUGUAACUUGCGAAUUUGACUAUACUGGAUCGCUCUUAGCUGUUGGUUGUAAAGAUGGGAAAAUAGGGAUUUGGGAAGUAGUUACGCGAAUGUUUAUAGAAAGUCUCCUCGGGCACGUUGCUCCGAUCACUAGUCUAAGCUGGUCGGCCACCCAAAAACGCAUCUUGUUGAGCGGAGCAGCCGACUGGCAGAUAAUCAUCUGGGAUGUCCAGUCCGGUGAAAAACUCUUCUGUCAUGUUUUUGGAAGUUACGUUCUGAACGCCCAGCUUAGCCCUUCGUGCAGUUCAACGUUCGUAGCCAGCGUGCUCGCUGAAAACCCGUUUCUGUGUAGAAUGAAGAGUACUAGAGUGCAGGAGGAGCAUAAUACUCGUGCAGCCCCCACUACCCUCGACGCAGCUGCUAGUAUAUACGAAUUUACUGCGAGCGAAGAGGCUGCCGGCCGGCUUGAAAACUCCAUUGUUUCCUUUGACGGUUCCGGAACGCAAGUCUUUGUGGGGACUUCUAGUGGAAGAGUCUUCGUAUUCGGAGCGGACAACCAGUGUCUGCUGCGAGUAUUUGUCGUCUCGACCAGCGCAGUGAAGAGCAUCAAGUUUGCCCAAAACGGAGCGCGACUUGUUGUUAACUCGAACGACGGAGUUUUACGGGUUUAUUCAAGUGCGGAUCUGUCUUUAGUGGCUGAAUUUGUGGAAGUCGUCACCAAGUGCCGCUGGAGGGGCGUGUGUAUGAGCAGUGAUGGCAACUAUGUACUUGCAGGAUCGGCCGAGUCCUCCACUUACAAACUUUUUCUCUGGAACUGCAACUUUAAAACCAUCGAAAAAACCCUGGAGGGCACGCCAGAACCCGUGCUCCAUGUGGCUUUUAACAGUAGGAGAACAAUGAUUGCUUCGGUCAACACGAUUGGCAUAGCGCUCGUUUGGUCCAAUGAACGUGAGCCGACUUGGGCUGUUUACGAUCCGGGCUUCAGCGAGAUAGCCGAGAAUAUCGAAUACGUCGAAGAAGAAACUGAAUUCGACGUGCUUGAAGGAAUACCAGAGGAGUGUCCAGGCCUGUCGGAGGAUAGUGAUGCGUUGAUCGACGUGGAAGGCACCAGCGACACAGACGCCAGCGAGCCGGCAAUAAUAUUGAAGGAAAUUUUAAGAACGGCUGAAGAGGAGCAGUGCGGCUUUAAUAUGUACGUUGCCCACAUAAAUGAAAGGCUGCUGGCCAUGUGAAUUCCGACCAGCGUUAUACGAAUUCUAUUCUGGCGUAGUGCUCUUCACUGCGCGUGUGGACCACAAUGACUGCAGGGCUCCUCAGCUUAGCAAUAAAAAGUAUAAAAUGAAACUUUUAAUAGUCA